AUGCCAGGAAUGUACAAAAGGGCCCCCCAGAGGCCCGAGUUUGCUGCGGACUUGAAGUGCGCUGUGGAAGCUGCAGAAGAGCUUUGGGCGGAGGGCGACGUGCGGGGCGUUGAGGUGUACGUACACUCCGUGGCGGACGCAGUGGCGGCGGAGCGGCUGGAGGCGCGGGCGGAGGCGGCGCGGGAGUGGAAAGAAGCGGAAAAAGAGGGGAAUAAAAGGGAAAAAGAAAAAGAAAAAGAAAAAGAAAACAAAAAUGAAACAGAAAUGGAAUUAAAUGCGACAGAAAACCCCCUUUUUAGAGUCAAAUUCCAACAAGAAGUCGCGCGCAAAGAAAGCCAAGUCGCCCAGGCCUUCUUCGAUUGCGGUGUACAUACACUCUACUGCCGCAUCCUGCGGGAACCCCGCGGGGUCAGCGCCGGCGCGAUAGAGCGCAUUUUGGAUGUGUACGAACAGCUCGCGCUGGUGUCGCUGGACCCCUUCGACGACGACAUGGGAGUUGUUUCUCUUUUGAUUUAUUUUUUCACUUGCUGGUGGAUUUGCUGUCGGCAGUUUUCGUCUCCGCCGAAAUUUCGACUUUCGGCGACGAGCAGCUGUCGAGUUUGCUGCGGGUCUUUUUGUUUUUGUUGUUUGAGAAUUAAUUUUAAAUUAAAAGUUAAUUUCAAAAACAAAAUUAAUUCCAAAAAAACAAUUCCAAAAGAAAUAAAUGAAAAAACACAAAUCGCAAACAUCUCCCGACAAAUGCUCGCCCAAGUCGCCGCCUGCCUCUGCGCCAGACUCCAACAGGCCGACCCCCUCAGCAGCAGCAGCAGCAGCAGCAGCAGCAGCAGCAGCAGCAGCAGCAGCAGCAGCAGCAGCAGCAGCAGCGGCAGCAGCAGCAGCAGCAGCGGCAGCAGCAGCAGCGAAAAGCGAGACUGCCAAAAUGAUGCAGAGGCAACGGGCCAGCAAAAUGCGGCUCCCCCUGCUGCUGCUGCUGCUGCUGCUGCUGCUGCUGCUGCUGCUGCUGCUGGUGCUGUUGAGAGCGCCGCCUUCGACGAGACAGAAAGGGCUUUAAAUGAAGCGCUGCUGCUGCUGGCGGUGGCGGAGGUGCUGCUGGACCCCGAAACCACGGAGGCUGCUGCUGCAGCUCCUGCUGCUGCUGCUGCUGCUGCUGCUGCUGCUGAUGGGCACGGCGCUGCUGCUGCUGCUGCGGAGGCUGCUGCCGGGAGCGCCGCCGCUGCUGCAGACGCUGUGACUGCAGCAGCAGCAGCAGCAGCACCAGAAGCAGCAGCAGCAGGAGUUUCGGAAGAAUCAGCAGCGGGAGAGGCGCCAGCAGCAGAUGCAGCAGCAGCAGCUGCUGCUGCUGCUGCUGCUGCAGUGCCGGACUUGCCGUUGGUGCGGCUGCUGGUUUCAGGUGUACAUACACUUGUGCAAACCUUCGAUUAUCUCCACCCGCGUUUCGCAAAUUUAAAAAAACCCCAAAAGGCCCCAGCAGCAGCAGGGGGGCCCCCGGGGGCCCCCCUGGGGGCCCCCCAGGGGCCCCCCCAGGGGGCCCCCCAGGGGCCCCCGGGGCCCCCCGAAGAGACCAGUGGACCUGCGGGCUUCCGCCCCACAGCCUUCUUCUUGGGGACCAUUGGUCUAAUGGCAGUGCUGCAGGGGGCCCUGGAAGUGCAGGGAGUGGAGCUGCUGCGGUGGCGGUUUGCUGCAAACUUUGCUGCUGCAGCAGCACCAGCAAAGGCUGGGGCUUUUGCUGCUGCAGCACGAGGGCUGCUGGGCCAGUACCAGCAGAUGCAGGAAGAGCGCUGCCAAAUAAUAAAGAAGCUGGCGAACUUGGCAAUAAUGAGGUCUGAGCAGGCGGCGGCGGUGAUGGUGCGAAAGGGGGAUCAACUGGAGAACAAAAGGAGAAAUUGA